CUGGCCCUCAGAGCUUCGAAACCUGGAAACACAAAUCCCUACUGCGCUUGCCCAUGUCACGGACCCAGGAGCAAAAGAAGUCCCUAUUGCACCUGCGCAGGCGCAGCCGUGAGGAGUACAAGGUUCAGGUUUGCCCCUGUCAAAGACGAGUGAGGAGAAGAGAGAAAGCGAGAAGAUUACUGCGCCUGCGCAAACAAGGUCGUAAAUGGCCCGGCCUCAAAACAAGCUGUACUACGCCUGCGCGACUGUGAAACCGGGUAAAGACAGGAGAGACCGUCAUCGCGCGACACGAGAGAAGAAAGAGACGGCGCUGCGCUUGCGUGUUGGGGGGGGGGGAGGAGGAAGCUGCGUUGCGCUUGCGCGGCUUUGUGGGGGAGCGGUGCUGACUCGGCCGUGCUGCUGGCGUGGAAUCCUGAGCCUGUGCGGUUGCCAAGGUGACGGGAAUACAACAUGGCGCUUUGACAGCUCCGUCGGGAGGGGUGGGCGCUGCAGAGAAGGCCUCAGCCUUUCCCUCCCCGUUCCCACGCCGCUGAGGAGCCGCAGGAUGAACAAAUAUAAACCAAUUGGUAAAAUAGGCGAGGGAACAUUUUCUGAUGUUCUGAAGACACAGAGUCUUAGGGAUGGAAAAUACUAUGCAUGGAAACAAAUGAAACAGCAUUUUGAGAGUAUCGAGCAAGUGAAUAGUCUGCGAGAAAUACAAGCACUGAGGCGACUGAAUCCACAUCCUAAUAUCCUUAUGUUACACGAGGUGGUUUUUGACAGAAAAUCUGGCUCUCUUGCACUAAUAUGUGAACUUAUGGACAUGAAUAUUUAUGAGCUAAUAAGAGGGAGGAGAAAGCCAUUACCUGAAAAAAAAAUAAUGAACUACAUGUACCAGUUGUGCAAGUCCCUUGAUCACAUGCAUAGAAAUGGAAUAUUUCAUAGAGAUGUGAAACCAGAAAAUAUAUUAAUAAAGGUAAGAUACCUGAAGUUAGGAGACUUUGGAUCUUGUAGGAGUGUAUAUUCCAAGCAGCCAUAUACAGAAUAUAUCUCUACACGCUGGAACCGAGCACCUGAGUGCUUGCUCACAGAUGGCUACUAUAGCUACAAUGGAAUGUGGAGCUCUGGCUGCGUUUUCUAUGAAAUCACAAGUUUCCACCCUCUCUCUGGAUCUAAUGAAUUGGACCAAAUAUCAAAAAUCCAUGACAUUCUAGGCACCCCUGCUAAGAAAACUCUUAAUAAGUUCAAACAGUCAAGAGCUAUGAGUUUUGAUUUCCCCUAAAAAGGGACAGGACUAUCUCCACUUGUGCCUAAUAUGUCCCCCAAGAGCCUCUCCCUUAUGUAUGCGAUGAUAGAAUACGAUCCUGAUCAGAGACUGGUGACCCACCAAGCACUACAGCAUCCUUAUUUUCCGAGAGCUGAGGUAACAGAGAAGCAAGCUGUAACCAUGCACAGAAAAAUGAGAUUAGCAGAAAACAGUGGACAAGAAUCUAUCAACUUGUGGUGUAUUUCAAAGGAUGGUAAUAGGCAGCACUCUCUUAGGAAAACCCAGGAGAAUCCAAUAAGACAUCAUGAACCUUCCUAUGCGAUAGAAUUUCCAAAACUGAAUGUUUCUGGAGUAACCAAGUUGACUUCUUAUCCUAAUCGUACAUUUCAUUCAGUUUUUACCACACCUGCAACAAAUGGUGAAGUCCCUGUGUUACAACCUAUUAAAUAUAUUGGGACAAAUCAAGAGUCUGAAAAACAGAAGGAACUUAAGUCUUCUGUGAAACAAUACCACUUAUCCACGAUAGAAAGAAGAGGUGGAGGAUAUUGACCAUCUUGUCAAAUAUUUGGAAUGUAAGGAAAAGCAUGAGUAUGCAGUGAAACAGAUUCAACCAUGCUUUCUAUAUUAUUGUCAAAGGUACACCAAAAGCAAUAGUGCCUUAUCUUUUGUUUCCCUGAAAUGCUGCAGGAAAACACUACGAGACUAUUAGCACUUUAUUUCUGAACAGUAUCAAUAUUUAUCUAAGAACCAUUUGGGCAGCUCAAAAUGCACUUUAUACUUGAACCCUUUUAAACAAAUUAGUUUAACAUUUUUUUAAAAACAAAAAUGGAUAAUUUAGGAUGUUUUAGUUUGAGUGCUAGGAAUGCCAUUUUGUAAUUAAGUUUUUAUAUUAUAUACAAAAUAGUUUAUGAUGAUAUUUAAAACUUAUUAAACUUGAUCUGUUCAUUUUGUACCUUUUUAACAGAUGAAAAUGUUAGUUGCAUAGACAAUGUUGGAAAAUUACCUCCUGUAUUAGGUUGAUAAUUUCAAAGCUCAAGACUGUUAAUAUUUUAUGGAUUAUGAUAUAAUUUGAGAAACACCUGAUUUUAGUAAAUUAAAGUUUUAAUUUCUUUUGACAUUUGUAUAUGCAAAGGAUAGCUGUACAGUUACAUAUCUGAUUCAUAAGCAAAUCUAUCUUUA